AUGCAUGAGCUUCUGCUCUUCGCCUCGGUCCCCGCGCACCAGCAUCAUGAGCUCCUUCAACAGCUGGCCGGGUUGACGGCCAUGCAACCCCGUCACCGCCUGGAAAGACGCUUGGUUUUCAAGGCCUACCGCAAGCCAGGUUUGACCACCACCCGGGUUGGGGCCAGUCAAGAUCUGCAGGGUGUCGAAUUGCAGCGCCUUAAUAAAAUGCUCAAUGGCGGCAUGUUCUAUACCCAAGUAGUCGGUCCCGUCGCCAAAGCCGACUUUGGCGGGAACCCUUCCUCAUCUGGAGAUCCCGAUGUCUCCAUGUCCGGAUUGGAGGAGAAGCCCUCGUCGUCUUCAUCGUCUUACAGUUACGAGGACCAGCCCUGGAAACUGGAAUUCAGAGAUAUUCCCGAGGCAGGCACUCGAUCCGCCGUGACUGCUCGUCUGAUGGCCAGUGCCACGCUGCCUAAAGGUGAUAUCACGGCGCCCAUGAAUGCCUGGGGCUAUAGCUUUGUCACCGAGUACGUGGUGGAAGGGGAUGUCUUUGUUCUCAAUGACAUCGUUAUCUUCCUACACCGUGUCCUGCUUUACCCGACUGGGACGCAGGAAUCACAUGGACCUCGUCGGCAGCUGCCUGCUUAUCAGGAACUCUCACCGCUGGAACGGACAGGGAGCUAUGUCCUGCAAGCUGCUAUCACCGUCCAGGACGGCGGGAAUCAGGAGAUGAUGAGGACGGCUUCGCAGCAUCUGUUCGGGCUUCGCGAGCAGCUCAAGUCGGCCGUCCGUCUAGAGAUGGCGGAUCGGCUGUCUCUGGAUACGCGAGCGAAGUAA